AUGGACUACUCGUUACAGAGCCACCGCUCCUUCAUUGGCUCCAAGGUCACUGACCUGCCUACGCCCUCUUUUGUUCUCAGCUUGCCAACCAUCAAGAAAAAUAUUGAGAGGCUGCAUCAGGAUGUCGAAAAGGCUGGAGUCACACUGAGACCUCAUGUUAAGACCCUCAAGAGUCUCGAAGUUACGCGGUUGAUGCUGGGCAAUGGCAAGUACAAGAGAGUUGUAGCAUCAACAUUGUCAGAAAUCCGUGGGCUAUUGCCAUUGGCAGAAGAGGGAAUUCUCAAGGAGGUGCUGUACGGGCUUCCUCCUCCAGCAAGCACCAUCCCUCUGCUGGAAGACCUACGAAAGUCCACCAACGUGCAGCUCAUGAUCGACCAUGAGAAGCAGCUCACAAUAGUAGAGACAUUUGCCGCCAAGAAUCCGGAAAGUACAAUCAAACCCUGGGACAUCUACAUCAAGCUCGAUGUGGGCAGCAAGCGCGCCGGUCUUCCACUGAGCAGCGAUCGUCUCACAAAGUUGAUUCAACGCGUCAAUGGUUCAUCAGCCGUCACUCUCAAGGGUUUCUACUGUCACGCAGGCCACUCUUAUGGGUGCCGCACACCACAAGAAGUGGAGGAUCUCCUUACGGUCGAGAUCAACAGUGUCCUGAGCGCGGCGAAGCUGGUCACUGGUGACAGAAAACUCACCCUAUCUGUGGGGGCUACGCCGACGGCUCAUGUUGUCGGCACUCUCAAGGCAGCGAUUCCUGAGAACGUCACAUUGGAGUUGCACGCCGGAAACUUCCCAACAAACGAUCUCCAACAGGUCGCAACCAGCGUUAUCGGAGCCGAGGAUCAGGCCAUCCGCGUCCUCUCCGAAGUCUGCAGCGUGUACCCGGAGCGCAACGAGGCUCUCAUCAACGCCGGGACAAUCGCCUUGUCAAAGGAGGCUGGCCCGGACCCAGGCUACGGCAAGGUUGUCGGCAAGCCUGACUGGGCUGUUGUUCGAAUGUCUCAGGAACACGGUAUCUUGGGUGAAGUUCAGGCACUGGGUUCAAAGACUGCUGAGCCGGAGCGCAGAGAUGUGGAGGCGAAUUUUAACGUUGGCGACAAGGUGUUCCUCAAUGUCCAGCAUGCUUGCAUCACUGCUGCGGCCUUUUAUGUUUACUAUGUUGUAGAUGAGAAUGAUGUUGUAGUAGAUACCUGGGUUCCUUGGAAGGGGUGGUAA